GCCUCGGUCGGAGUGAGGGCGGCGGGGAGGCGGCGGCUGCCGGCGCGAAGCCCCCUCGGCCCUGGCUGUGGGCAGGCCCGCGCGCGGCCCUCCUCGUGCGUGGAGGCAGGCGUCCCGGCCCUCUGUCUGUGCCUGCGGUACCCCCAGCAGCCGAGGGCCCUGUCUCCUCUGCGGAGGACCCCAGGACCCCGGCCUGUGGCGUGACCCGCUCGCUCCCCCGGGCCGGGCCCCGGUGCGAACCCUCUCUGCAUGUACGCCCUCCUCCGGGGGCGGAGGCGCCGACCUUGCGCCUGUCCUCGGUCCUGCUCAGCUGUGUGGACGUCUUCCCUCUGCAGCUCUGCUUGUACCCGAGUUCCUCUCCGGUUUCCAGAAUCUCUCCAAGAAAAAGUGAAAAUUAUCCAAAUCCAGAAGAGCCAGAAGAAGAUGAAGAUGUUCAAACUGAACAAGUGAAAACUGCAAGUGCACUCACUACUUCCAGCCUGGAAGGAGGAGGAGGAUUGGAGUGAAAGCCAGAUGUGAAUCUGACAUUCGAUGUAGGUGGUUUUAAAUGGCAGGAGAACACCUCGGAAGCAACAGGAAGAUGAUGUCACCAGGUGUUUGGAGUACUGUCCCCAGGAGAACUCCUUGUGGCCCCAUCUUACAGUCAAAGAACACCUGGAGUUGUAUUUGGCAGUGAAAGGACUGGGCGAAGAGGAUGCUGCUCUUAGUAUUUCAAGGCUGGCGAUUCAGGCCAUUGUUAAAAACACCGAGAGGGGCAUGACCUCCUGACCACCCACUACAUGGCCGAGGCUGAGGCCGUGUGUGACUGCGUGGCCGUCGUAUCCGGAAGGCUGAGCUCUUCUUUCUCUUCCCUGGACUAGUUGUAUUGGUUCCAUUCAACAUCUGAAAAGCAAGUUUGGUAAAUAUUAUUUACUAGAAGUAAAAGUAAAGGAACUCACCCAGGUGGGGCCUCUCCACACAGAGAUUCUGAAGCUUUUUCCACAGGCUGCUCGGCAGGAAAGGAAACUUUCUUAUUUAUUUGGCUGUGCUGGGUCUUAGUUGCAGCAUGAAGGAUCUUCGUAGUGACAUUCGGGAUCUUCAGUUGCAGCAUGCGAACUCUUAGUUGCAGCAUGUGGGAUCUAGUUCCCUGACCAGGGAUCGAACUUGGGCCCCCUGCAUCGGGAACACGGAGUCUUAGCCACUGGACCACCGGGGAAGUCCCUAAAGGAAACUUUUUGAAAAAUUCUUUGGUUAUUUUAGCUGUCAGGUUCUUUCCAAUAUUGUAACAUUAAAGCACAGUAACCCUCACUCGCUCCUCCUCCCAAGUAUUCCUCCAUGAUGGCAUAUAAAUUACCUGUGGAGGAUGUUCACCCUCUAUCUCAGUCCUUUUCCAAAUUAGAGGCAGAUAAGUUUAGACAUAUUAAGACUUCACGUAUGGUGCAUAUUUUAACGUGGAAUACAUAUUAGAUAACUUCAAGGAGAAAACUUAUAUCAUCCAUCAAACCUUGGAAAAUUUCCACUGGAAUAGUCUUAAAAAUUUUGAAGGGAAUGUAUUGGUGCCCCUUGACUUGGCUUUCCUCCAACUGAUUUUCCCUCUGCUAAUGAGGAAACCCAGCUGCAAAUAAGUCAGAAUAUUCUGUCCUGCUUCCAUUGCCAUUGCAUACUGUUGGAGCAUAAUUAUCAGCGUGAUAGCCCAAAGAACACCAAGGUGAGCUUCUGGCAUCUCCAUGUUUGUCAAAGUCAGAGGCUCAAGGAGCAAGACUGUGGAUCAUGGAUGGACCCAGUCUGUCAAUACUCCUUUUUACCCCAUUGAUCCAUUUGUUUCUGUUAGUGCUGGAACUACAUGAAAAAUACAGAGAGAUGAGAAGUCAGGAUUGAUGAGGGGGUUCUGAACUAGUUCCAGAGACAUUGACUAGAGUGCACACUAGAUACUUAUGAGGUCUUGACAUGUAAGAAGCAUGGGAUUCAUUAAAAGGGGACCAGCAUGGAGUAUACGCCAUGGUUUUAUAAAUGUAGACUAAAGCAAUACCCAACAAUUGAUCUGGAGUCCAAAACAUACAUGUGCAGAGAAUCAAAAGGCUAACUACUGAAAUAUAGGACACAAGGUACUCCUUAACGAGAAAGUUUACAGGUAAUUUAUACAUGAAUGCAUGGCUAUCUUUUGAUUAUCCGUAUCAGCACUCUAAUUUAUCCUUCACGAAAAUUUAAUUACUUAAUUACCUCAUGGAUUUGAAGUUGCUGUUUUUGUUGCCUACUUUGAAAAUUCUUUUGGUGAAAAAUUUGUGAGCCACUAAUAUCAGCCCCAUUAAAUGCAGUGAAACAGACCUUUGACCUGGAAGAAUACAGCCUCUCUCAGGCUACCUUGGAACAGGUAUUCUUAGAACUCUCCAAAGAGCAGGAGCUGGGAAAUUUUGAUGAUGAAGUUGAUACAAGAGUUAGAUGGAAACUUCUCCUGCAGGAAGAGCCUUAAAACCCUGAAUCUCCUAAUAUUAGAUUUUAGGUCUUACUACAUUCUUAGUUUCCAUAAUUCUAGAAUAAUCUUUCAUUAUUACUGCAAUUAACAAAACAUUCAGUAGUUUAAAUAUCCAAUAGUGAUUAAGGUUUUAAGUGGUUUUUUAAAUUUUAGAAUGGAGGGAAGAGGCAAAGAUAGGAAAAGGUAGCAGACAAAAUUAACAUAACCAGGCAUUAUAUUAAUCACUAAUAUAGGCCUAUUUUGUGCUUAACAUUCAUUCAAAAAUCGCAUAAUGUUAGACAAGUUUUUCGUUAUUAUCAGUAAGACUGACCGCCGAGCACAUUUUACAAAUAAAACACUGUAGGCUUUUUUAAACCUAAACUUUAAGUAUAUCAUCUUUUUAAAGCAUGAUUUGCUUAAAGACCAACCUAAUGUGACAUGGGCUGUCAGAAGAUCUUAUAAGCUGAUAGAUGAAAUUACACAGUAUAACCUUUAGGUAUAAUUAUUAUGUAUUCUGAUGAAAAAAUAAAUAUUUGCUGAUUUCAGAAUAUAUAGAAAUUAUAUGGAUAAAGAUAACAGUAAUCUGUAGUAAAAUACCACAGUAAAUAUUUUGGCUGACCUAUAUUCAACAUGCUUUUUGUAAGUACUUUUUCAAAGUUGACAUCAGUGAGCACAGUAAUUUUUUAUAUUUUUUCACUUAAUAGUUCAUGAACAUAGCCUUUCUGUGUUCUGUAACGGCUCCAUGGCAUUCCUCUGCCAUGGAGAGGAAUUCCUCUACUACUGUGGUUUUUGCUUAACCUUUUUACUGUUGCCUCACGUUUGGUUACAUGCACAUUUAUCUCUUAUAAAUAAAGCGGUGAUGAGCUUCUCCUGUAUCUUCUUUGUUAUAGUCUUAGGGUAAGUAGCUCGGAUAUGAACUACUGGCUCGCUGCUCUAUGAAAUUUUGCUAACUUUGUUCUCUGACCCAUAGAAAAAUCCAGUGUCCAUCCUAAGCUUCUCAAUCCCCCCAGGAACUUUUCAUCUCAGGCGUGUUCUUGACUCUGACUUUGCUCAUCAGCUGAACUCUGUUAUCUGCUCUGUGGUCAGUUCCUUUACCUCUACCUUGGCAUUGAUUUAAAGAAUCAAGUUUCAAGUCCUUUGAGUCUGGAUUGUUAUCUGAUGGCCUAACUCUUGAUAAAAGUUGUUCAAUUCAAUCUGGAAGGCUAAACGCACAUGAAACAAAAAAGUGUGUACCAGCAAACUCAAGCACUUCUGUGCAAGAAUCUUCUUAAGAAAUGGAGGGUGAAAAGACAGAGCUUAUUGGAAUGGGGGUUCCCAAUACUUUUAGGAUUUUAUAUGGGCAUAUUUUCAUAUUUAAAAGAAAAUGUGCAUUUUCCUGAAAUGCCUCCUCAGGAUCUGGGAAGGGUAGAUAAAUUUAAUAGCUCGUCUAUGGAUGUUGUGUACACACCGAUCUCCAACAUAACCCAGCAGAUAAUGAAUAAGACGGCAUGUGCUCCCUUUUUGAAAGGAAGAAGAGUCAUUGGGGCACCGGAUCAAAAAUACAUGGAUAAAAUACUUCUAGACAAUUUCCCAUACACCGUGGGAGUCAUCUUUAAUGACACUUUUUCUUAUAAGUUAAAAUUUUAUCAGGGAUAUUAUAUUCCAAUUUUGAAGGAAGAUCUUUUCACAGCUCACUGUUGGGGUACAGAUAAUGAGUUUUCCUGUUCACUGGCUAAAUACUGGAGUAGAGGAUUCGUGACUUUACAAACUGCCAUCAAUGCUGCUAUUAUACAAAUCACGACAAAUCACUAUGUGAUGGAGGAGUUGAUGUCAGUUACUGCUAUAAAUAUGAAGACAUUACCCUUUAUUUUUAAAGAGAACCUUCAAAAUGAGAUGUUUAUUUUUUACUGCUUGCUUUACUUCUCCCCAUUUAUAUAUUUUUUAUCACUCAAUGUUACAAAAGAGAGAAAAAAGUAUAAGGAUUUGAUGAAAAUGAUGGGUCUACAAGAUUCAGCAUUCUGGCUCUCCUGGGGUUUAAUCUAUGCUGGUUUCAUCUUCAUUACUUCUAUAAUCAUUACAAUUAUCAUAAUAUCUACCCAAAUUAUAGUCAUGACGGGCUUCAUGGUUAUAUUUACCCUCUUUUUCUUAUAUGGCUUAUCUUUGAUAGCUUUGACAUUCCUGAUGACUGUGCUGCUAAAGAAAACUAUCCUCACCAGUUCGGUUGUGUUUGUCCUCACUCUCUUUUGGGGGGGUGUGGGAUUCACUGCAUUUUAUAGACAACUUCCGUCACCUUUGGAAUGGAUUUUCAGUAUUUGUAGCCCCUUUGCCUUCACUGCUGGAAUUAACCAGAUUAUCCACCUGGAUUAUAAUAUGAAUGGUGUAAUUUUUCCUGACACUUCAGGGGACUCAUAUAUAAUGACAGCAACUUUUUCCAUAUUGGCUUUUGAUGCUCUUUUGUACUUGGUGUUGGCGUUAUACUUUGACAAAAUCUUACCCUAUGGAAAUGAGCACCGUUACUCUCCAUUAUUUUUCCUGAAGUCACCAUCUUGUUUCCAACACCAAAGGACAGAUAGUAAGGUCAUUGAGAAAGAAGUAGAUCCUGAGUUCCCCUCUGAUGAUUAUUUUGAACGAGUAGCUCCAGAAUUCCAAGGAAAAGAAGCCAUCAGAAUCAGAAAUGUUAAAAAAGAAUAUAAAGAAAAAACUGGAAAAGUGGAAGUAUUGAAAGGCUUGUUCUUUGACAUAUACGAAGGUCAAAUCACGGCAAUUCUGGGUCACAGUGGAGCUGGCAAAUCUUUGUUGCUAAACAUCCUUAAUGGAUUGUCUGUUCCAACAGAAGGAUCAGUUACCAUCUAUAAUAAAAAUCUCUCUGAAAUGCAAGACUUGGAGGAAAUCCAAAAGAUAACUGGUGUUUGUCCUCAAUUCAAUGUUCAGUUUGACACGCUCACUGUGAAGGAAAACCUCAGGCUGUUUGCUAAAAUAAAAGGGAUUCCGCCGCAGGAAGUGGAACAAGAGGUACAAAGAAUUUUAUUGGAGUUGGACAUGCAGAACAUUCAGAAUAAUAUUGCUACACAUUUAAGUGAAGGUCAGAAAAGAAAGCUGACCAUUGGGAUUGCCAUUUUAGGAGACCCUCAAGUUUUGCUAUUAGAUGAGCCAACUGUGGGAUUGGAUCCCUUCUCAAGGCAUCGAGUGUGGAGCUUCCUCAAGGAGCACAAAGCAGACCGCGUGAUCCUCUUGAGUACCAACUUCAUGGAUGAAGCUGACAUCCUGGCUGAUAGAAAAGUGAUCCUGUCCAGCGGGAGGGUGAAGUGUGCAGGCUCCUCUGUCUUUUUGAAGAGAAGAUGGGGUCUUGGAUAUCACUUAAGUUUGUACAGAAAUGAAACAUGUGAUCCAGAAAAAAUAACAUCCCUCAUUAAUCAUCACAUCCCUGAUGCCAAACUGAAAACAGAAAGCAAAGAAAAGCUUGUGUAUACUUUGCCUGUGGAAAGGACGAAUAAAUUUCCAGACCUUUUCGGUGAUCUCGAUAAGGGUUCUGGCCUGGGCGUGAUGAGCUAUGAGGUUUCCACGUCAACUCUGAAUGAAGUCUUCAUGAAACUGGAAGGAACAUCAACUGCUGAGCAAGAGAUGAUGGGAGACACAGGACGCCUACCUGAAAUGGAUUCACCUUGCUCUUCUCUCCCUGAGAUGCAGACGGCUGUGAGUGCCAUGGGCCUCUGGAGACUGCAGUUCUGUGCAAUGGCACGGCUCCGUUUCUUAAAGUUAAAACAUGGGAAGAAAGCAUUUUUGACCCUAUUAUUUGUAUUUGGAAUUGCAAUGUUCCCUCUGAUUGUGGAAAGCAUACUCUAUGCUGUAUUAAAUCAAAAGACUGAUUGGGACUUUAAACCCGAAAUGUAUUUCCUCUCUCCUGGACAACUUCCCCAAGACUCUCGUACCAGCUUACUGAUUAUCAACAACACAGAAUCAAAUAUUGAAGAUUUUAUACAGUCACUGAAGCAUCAAAAUAUACUUUUGGAAGUAGAUGACUUUGAAAAUAGAAAUGGCACUGAUGACCCCUCUUACAAUGGAGCUAUCAUAGUUUUUGGUAAAAAAAGGGAUUAUAGAUUUUCAGUUGUAUGCAAUACCAAGAGACUGCACUGUUUUCCUACUCUUAUGAAUAUCGUCAGCAAUGGGUUACUUCGAAUGCUUAAUCAUACACAGUGUAUUCGAACCGAGAGAAGCUCAUUUCCUUUUAAUUAUGCACUGUUCUGGACUGGGUUGCCAGAAGGGUCCUUUUUCUUAUUUUUCGUCGUGUGCAGCAUUUCUCCUUACAUCGCCAUGAACAGUGUCAGCGAUUACAAAAAGAGAACUAAGUCCCAGCUGUGGAUUUCAGGACUCUUCCCUUCUGCUUACUGGUGUGGUCAGGCCCUGGUGGACGUUAACCUCUACAAUUUCAUUCUCCUUUCAAUGUAUUCAAUUUUCUACGCAGCAAACAUGGUGCACAUUCAUCUCGCAAGUCGAGCUAUACUUGCUUUGGCUGUCAUUACACUUGGUUACGCAGUUUCUCUUGUCUUCCUGACAUACGUGAUAUCAUUUAUUUUUCGGAAGAGGAGAAAAAAUAGUGGCCUUUGGUCAUUUUGCUUCUAUAUGGCUGCAGUCGUCACGUUUGGCAUCAUUAUAAUGAAUCAGUUCGACUUCCGUGUCUUGAUGGUUUGCAUGGUAUUAGUUCCCUCAAUGACCUUGGGUGGAUUUAUAGGUUUUUUGGAAGAGAGAGCCCACAAAUACCAAAUAAAAUAUCAAGACCCAAACUAUGACCUGAAUGCAGCUGAUCUUCUAGUAUGCCUAAUACCUUACUUUCAGGCUUUGCUUUUCAUUUUUGUUCUACGAUGCUUGGAAAUAAAGUGUGGAAAGAAAAUAAUGCAAAAGGAUCCUGUUUUCAGAAUUUCCCCUAGAAGUAGAGAUGGUCGUCCAAAUCCAGAAGAACCUGUAGAUGAAGAUGAAGACGUUCAGGCAGAAAGAAUAAGAACGGCAACUGCCCUAACCAUUUCCACAGAGGAGAAACCAGUCAUAAUUGCUAGCUGUCUACACAAAGAAUAUGCAGGCCAGAAGAAAAGGUGCUUUUCAAGGAGGAAGAAGAAAAUAGCAGCAAGAAAUGUCUCCUUCUGUGUUAAAAAAGGUGAAAUUUUGGGAUUGCUAGGACCUAAUGGCGCUGGUAAAAGCUCAUCUAUUAGAAUGAUAUCUGGGGUCAUGAAGCCAACAGCUGGAGAGGUGGAACUGACCGGGUAUGGUUCGCUUGUGGAUCAUCAGGGGGACGGCAGCGUCCGGUUCCUGGGGUACUGUCCCCAGGAGAACGUGCUGUGGCCCAUCCUGACAGUGCGCGAACAUCUGGAGGUGUUCGCUGCGGUGAAAGGGCUGCGUAAAGCGGACGCCAGCGCCGCCAUCUCACGAUUGGUGGACGCCUUCAAACUGCACAAACAGCUGAAUGUUCCAGUGCAGAAAUUAACAGCAGGAGCCACUAGAAAGUUGUGUUUCGUGCUGAGCAUCCUGGGAGAUCCGCCUGUCCUGCUUCUGGAUGAGCCGUCUGCAGGCUUGGAUCCCACAGAGCAGCAGCGCAUGUGGCAGAUGAUCCAGACAGCCAUUAAAAACACUGAGAGGGGCGCCCUCCUUACCACCCAUUACCUGGCCGAGGCCGAGGCCGUGUGUGACCGUGUGGCCAUGAUGGUGUCCGGAAGGCUGAGAUGCAUCGGUUCCAUCCAACACCUGAAAGACAACCUUGGCAAGGAGUACAUUCUCGAACUAAGAGUGAAGGAAAUGUCUCAAGUGCCAUUGGUCCACACUGAGGUUCUGAAGCUUUUCCCGCACGCUGCACAGCAGGAGAGGUGAAAGGAGCUUUUGAUUGUGGAUGAACGUGUUGGCUUUUCCCAUCAGUGUUUUUUUUUCCUGCUCUGUGAGAAGUUCAGGGCUACUUGACUUCACAAUCAAGUGAGGGACCUCAAAAAUGGAUUUAAGUCUUCCAGAGUAUGAUAUUUGGGAGCUACCCAGAAAGCUGUGCCCCCUAGGGAGACUUGGGGACACCCAACCUGGGCCUCCUCGGCCAUCCAAGGCUGGUCCCCAGCUCUGCAGGGGGACUUGGGAAAAACGGGGGGGAAGGGAUUUCUGAUGACUUGGAGCUACACAAGACUGCAGCAGGGCCCAUGACACCUUCCUUAGGCUUCUCUAAAAGAUGUAAAUAGUUACAAUUUUAAAGACGCAACUGUUUAGGAUGAACCAUCCUCAUCGGAAACAAACAGCAAUUGAGACCAUCAAAGAGUGUCCCUUUCAUGGAGUUUUCAUGCCUC